AUGUCUAUAUUGUAUAAAACGUCUCGGUUGCUUCAUAAACAGGCUCAUGGAAUUCAAGUGAACACAUGCCGAUGGAAUAGUACUGUCAAAAAUGGAUUCAUCGAUGAAAUAUUAUCUUCUAAAAAGGCUUUAGCCAAAAUAACUACUCUGAGCAAUAGAAUUGGGUUGCAACCAAAAUUUCCGAUGAAUACUUUGGCGCAGGCCUUAAUUGAUAAAACGGCUGUGCAAAAUGCAUCAGUUUCCAACGAGAAGUUGUGGACAGUUGGAAAAAUUUUGAGUGAUAUGUAUGUUUUAGAGAAAAUCAAGUGUUUAUAUCCGCGACUACCAGAGAAAGGAGUUCAAGCACUACAAGGCGGGUUGCUAGACUCACGCGCUUUAAAUCGCCUGGGAAAUUCUUGGGGUUUAGAAGUACAACGUUGGAAUGAGGACCCUAAACAGGCUUAUGGAAAAGUUUUAGCAAAAACAACCGAAGUUGAAACUACUCGAGUGGCUGGGGAGGUUUAUAAACCAGACGCCAUGAAACGAGCUAUUCUCGCUAUUUUGGGAGCAGUACAUUUGGAAGGGGGGUUCAAAGAAUCCAAAAAGUUUGUUGAUAGUCAUAUAUUUUCUCGUCAAUUAGAACCUCGAACUAUGCUGCAAAUCCUCUAUCCACGCAGACAGCUGGCUCGGUUAUGUAGGAGACUCAAGCUCAAAGAUCCUGUUUACAGGAUCGAUGCUGAAACUGGCCGGAAAAGCAGAGAACCUGUCUUCGUCAUCGGCGCUUAUUCUGGUCCAUUUUGUCUUGGUCAAGGUCAAGCAAGUAGUUUGGAUUUAGCUGAACAGCAGGCUGCUUACAAUGCCGUUCUAUCUUACUACAUUCAUUCUCCUCCUUUUGAACAAUUUCCUAGCGAAACACUACAAACAUCAACCGCAUCAUUUUCACCCAUUCCCUAUAUUUCACCCGGAGAAUUGGUUCUGUAA